AUGCCCGACCACGAUGAUUCCGAGCCCCCAAGUCCUGAGCUCGCGCCCGUGCCCGAGUCGGCCCCCUUGAACCGCUGUGCAGAUCUCGAUGCGUCAGGCGCCUACAAACUCAAUGUGAAUAUACUGAAUCGCGCUAUUCAGGAAAUUGGCAUGGGACGAUACCAAUGGCAGCUAUUUGGAGUUGUCGGGUUCGGAUGGGCCUGCGACAAUCUAUGGCCGAUCGUGACGUCUUUGAUCCUCCUUCCUGUCACAUACGAGUUUGACGUUUCCCAACCACCUAUUCUUUUGCUGGCACAGAACAUGGGCCUGUUGGUUGGUGCGCUGUUCUGGGGGUUCGGCUGCGAUAUCUUCGGACGAAGGAUGGCCUUCAACAUGACGAUCGGAAUCACGGCCGUCUUCAGUCUGGCUGCGGCUGCGGCUUCUAGCUUCGCCGGAGUGUGUAUACUGUCCGCCCUCUGGUCGAUAGGCGUCGGGGGAAAUCUCCCCGUGGACUCGGCCAUCUUUCUCGAGUUCUUGCCUGGAUCACAUCAGUAUCUACUCACUGUCCUAUCAAUCAACUGGGCUCUGGCUCAACUCCUCGCAAAUCUCGUCGCAUGGCCACUUGUGGGUGGCUACACCUGUCCUUCAGCUGAUGGUUGCACCAGAGCUGGUAAUGUGGGCUGGCGGUACUUCAUUGCGGCCAUGGGCGGAUUGGCUCUGCUGAUGAGCAUCACCCGUUAUUUCCUCUUUACCCUCCUUGAGUCGCCAAAAUUCCUCAUGGGCAAAGGAGAGCACUACCACGCUGUAGCCGUUGUUCAUGAGGUAGCGAAACGCAACGGCAAGAGCUGCAACUUAACCACAGAUGAGCUUCACGACUGCUCCGACAGCGGAGAUGGCUAUGAAAGAGGAAAGUACCACCGGCAAGGAUUAAGCGCUCGCGACCGGCUCAAAAUCUUCCUAGAGCCUUUCUCUAUGACGCAGAUUCGAUCGCUGUUUUCCACACGACGCCGCGGCCUGGCGACGACACUGAUGAUCAUUAUCUGGGGGUUGAUUGGCAUUGCGUUCCCUCUGUACAACGCCUUUUUGCCGUAUCUCCAGCAUGAGCGCGGCAUUGAGUUCGGCGAUGGUUCAACGUACUUAACAUAUCGCAACUCAUUGAUCAUCGCGGUGGCAUCCAUCCCAGGCAGUCUUGUUGGUGGUGUGAUGGUGGAGAUGCCACAAUUCGGGCGCAAAGGCACGCUUACCCUGGCGACCAUAAUGACAGGGAUCUGCCUCCUUGCAUCCACCAGCGCUACUACCUCUUCAGCCUUGUUAGGCUGGAACUGUGCCUACGGUUUCAACAGCAGCCUUGUCUACGCCGUGCUGUACGCGUACACACCGGAGAUAUUCGAGAGCAGAAACCGUGGAACCGGCAACGCGCUCGUCAGUGCAUCGAACAGGCUCGGCGGGAUUCUGGCGCCUGUGGUAGCCCUCAUGACGGACCUCCAGAGCACCCUGCCCGUCGUCUAG